AUGGUCGUAGCUUCAUUGUCUCGCUUCCCUUCGGGGAUGUGCCGUAUGAGGUCAACCUUAUAUAGGACCUCUAACAUCACCAGCAUAAGAUCUUCCCUGCCCAAGGGCAGCCAAUCAAACUACAAACAACUUCAAAAGUUUUCCACCUCAUCAUCAUGGCAAAACGAAGUUUUGGACAGGACCCGAAACAUUGGAAUCAUCGCUCACAUCGAUGCCGGCAAGACUACUACUACGGAACGCAUGCUGUUUUAUAGUGGCUUCACACGACGGAUAGGUGAUGUUGACGAAGGCUCAACAGUGACCGACUUCCUCCCUGCUGAGCGUGCACGCGGGAUCACUAUUCAAUCCGCUGCUAUUACCUUCCAUUGGCCUCCGGGGGAAGUCAAUGGAUCAACAGGCCCUCAGUCCGGGGCUCAAAACGAGCCAAUUCGGCGGUCUGCUUACCCACAUACAAUCAAUUUGAUCGACACCCCCGGUCACGCCGAUUUCACCUUUGAAGUCAUGCGGUCUCUGCGUAUUCUCGACGGCGCUGUUUGCAUCCUUGACGGCGUUGCUGGGGUUGAGGCGCAGACCGAAAAAGUCUGGAAUCAGGCCAGCACAUACAAAAUCCCCCGAGUCAUCUUUGUGAAUAAGUUGGACCGAGACGGAGCCGCAUUUGGGCGGACAGUGCGAGAAGUUAGCUCUCGCCUGGGCGUUUAUCCAGCAGUCUGUCAAAUCCCCUGGUUCCUAGGUGGAAACGGUGCAUUUGUCGGUGUGGCAGACGCAGUUCAUCUCCAAGGACUACGGUGGAAGGAAGGAGAAGAUGGUCGUACCGUGAAGAUGGCUGAUCUCCAACAAUUGGAAACCGAGGAACCCGCGUUGGCAAAGGAGCUGCGACGGGCUCGCGUCGCGCUAAUUGAGCUGCUCAGCGAGCAUGACGAAGAAAUUGUUGAAAAAUUCUUUGAAUGUGAAGAGGAUCACCUUGCAGUCUCACCAGCUGAUAUCAUCCAGAGUCUACGUCGCUGCGUGCUAGACCAAAGCAGCCGGAUUAUCCCUCUGUUUGCAGGUGCCAGUUUCCGCAACAUGGGCGUGCAGCCCUUGUUAGAUUCUAUCGUGGACCUUUUACCCAGUCCGCCGGAGGCCCCUGACCCAGAAGUCAGCAUUGGCGGAGUCAAGGGAGGACUUCGUACCCUAUUGUCUGGAGACCUGAUCGUCCAGCAGGACGAAAAGGCGUCCGCUACUUCUAAAGGAAAGCAGCACAAAAAGAAGAGCACAUCGGUGACAAAAUCUACCGAUGCUAUCAGCAAGCUUCAAAGUUGUGCACUGGCAUUCAAAGUGGUCAAUGACGCAAAGAGAGGAGUUCUGGUCUAUGUGCGAGUAUACUCGGGCUCACUAGACCGCAACAGCCUACUCUUCAACACAAAUCUGCACCUAUCUGAGCGCGCGCCACGAUUGCUGAAGAUGUAUGCCAACGAUGCUGUGGAGGUGGACUCGAUUCCAGCUGGUCACAUUGGAGUUGUGGUCGGUCUCAAGCAGACCAGAACCGGAGACACUCUCGUUUCCUACGCAGGAAACAAAGCCACACCCCCGGAACCACUCACUAGUCUCCAGCUUCGGCCAAUUGCCGUACCUCCGCCAGUGUUCUUCACAAGCGUGGAGCCUCACAGCCUUAGCGAAGAGAAGCGCAUGCAGGACUCCCUGGCACUACUUCUUCGUGAAGACCCCAGUCUUCAUGUCAACGUGGACGAAGAGUCGGGACAGACCCUCUUGAGUGGUAUGGGCGAAUUGCAUCUCGAAAUUGCCCGCGAUCGACUCAUAAAUGACCUGAAGGCCAAAGCUACCAUGGGCCGCAUCGAAAUCGGCUACCGGGAGACUGCACUCGGUGCUUCAAGCCCAAUGGCCAUCAUUUUCGACAAAGAGAUUGCCGGCCGCAAAGGCAAGGCAGGCUGUACGGCACUUGCAGAGCAGCUCGACGAGAAUGACGAAGCUCCAUACGACCAGGAUACUCUUCUCGUUGAAACCUACGACGGCAACCAGAUCAUUCUCCGUGCGCCAGGCCUACAGAUCGAACGCUCCUCCCGCGGUGAAGAAGAAAGCAGUCCAUUGCUCCCGCCAGGUAUGGAUCUGGUUCAGUUCCGCACCGCUCUGCAAAAUGGUGCCGUGGCAGCUCUCGCUCGCGGCCCACAGUUCACUUUCCCAAUGCACAAUACUCGCGUCACCCUGACUAUCGAUCCAGCCACUGACCUUUUUGGCAAUGAGACGUCCACCUCGGCAUUGACGUCUGCAGCUCGGCAAGCGACUGUUGCGGCUCUGCGAGACGUCCAGGCUGGAGCUGGCACAACCAUGAUGGAACCAGUGAUGAACGUCAUUAUCAGUGUAGACGAAGCCAGUCUUGGAUCUGUUGUCCACGACAUUUCAUCUUCACGGGGUGGCCACAUCAUCUCUCUUGACGAGGAAGUCCCUAUUUCUGGUACGGAUGCCUCGCCAUCAUCUCAGGCGCUCGAGGAAGAGAUGCUGCCCCCUAUCGAUACAAGCCGUGUCUAUGCUCCCCCGGAUCCAUUCGAGACCCCCUCGGUUGGGGCAGAGAUCCCUGCCUCUGUGGCAAGCCCGAGAACGAUAACGGCCAAGGUACCACUGAAGGAGAUGGUUGGGUAUCUCAAGCAUUUGCGAAGCUUGACGGCUGGUCGGGGCACUUUCGUCAUGAGUGUUGAUCGGUUUGAAAACAUGUCCGGCCAAAGGCAGAAGGCAGUGCUUGCUGAGCUGAGAGGUGGAUUUUAA